AUGACACAGCUGAGAGCGAAUAAGCGAGGCAAGGAGGACCUCAUGGAGAAGAUUCUCCCUCUCAUCGAGUCGGUCACGACCUCGAGGGAGAUGGUGCCGUCGGAUUUGACCCGUGGGUAUGACGGCUUCGUUUUCCCUGGGCCGUUGUCGCAAAGCGAGAGGAUAGGCCGCACGCUAGCAUUCUGGGGAAGCAUGGGUCGUAUUCUGGUGAGGUACUACCUGCAAGAGCGGGAUCAGGGGGCAACCGAGGAGCAGUGGCAGGACCUGCACAACUGGGGAAGCAAGCUGGUGACAGACACUAUCACGGACCUCAGAGGGUACUACGUUAAGACGGGGCAGGUCCUGUCGACAAGGGUAGAUCUUUUCCCGGAGCAGUACACAUCCAAGCUUCAGAGCCUGCAGGACUCUGUAGAGCCAAUCCCGACGGAACUGGUAAAGGCGCUCAUCUCACAGGAGCUUUUAGAGGGAGAGCCGCUAGAAACGCUGUUCAGCGCGUUCGACGAGGUGCCCUUGGGAUCGGCCUCGAUUGCCCAGGUGCACAAGGCUGUGCUCAGGGACGGCCGCACGGUGGCGGUUAAGGUACAAAGACCGGCAGAGGAGCCCAAGCUGCGGGCAGACGUGGCUAACCUUAAGGCCUUCGCCGGGAGGUUUAGGGAAGUUCUUCCGGCGGAUUACUACCCGGUGUUUUGUGAGCUGGAGAGGGUGCUGGAUAGCGAAUUAGACUUUCGAGCUGAGGCUCAGGCGAUGGAGAAGAUCGCAGCGGGCGUGGCCCACUCGGUGGAUGGGAGCAGAGCCCGCCCGCCGAUAGUGGUGCCGAGACCGGUGCCGGGACUUUGCAGUGGGAGGGUCUUGGUCAUGGAGUACGUGCAGGGGAUGGCUCUCAACAGGCUAGCCGAACGGCUGACCGAGUUGGGGCUCGUGGAGACUUCUCCAGAGGCUAGGGUUUUCGGAAAACGCCUCCUGACGUCCCUGACCGAGGCCUUCGGGCGGAUGAUAUUCGGGGCGGGUUUUGUUCACGGCGAUCCCCAUCCAGGCAAUAUUUUCAUCAUGGACGGUGGUCAGGUGGCGCUCAUCGACUGCGGCCAGGUCAAGCAAAUCUCCAUCACCCAAAAGUUGAGACUGGCCAACCUCAUCUGCAAGCUGGAGCAGUGGAACAAGCCCAACGGGCCUACUUGCGCCGAAAUCGCCAAAGAUGUAAAGGAUUUCGGGGUGGAGGUUGCUGAGGGUGCGGGAGACGAGGCCCUAACCGCUACCGCGAUCCUUCUCUUCGGACCGGGAGGAAUGGAACUUCCUGGCGGCUAUGACACCAACGAGAUGAGCAGCACCUCUCCUUUGAAACAGCUCAAGGCGUUCCCGCAAGAGCUAGUGCUCAUGGGACGUGCCACGGUAAUGAUCAAGGGGAUCGCCGCGGCGCUGGGGCUCAAAUGGAAUCUCGCGGCGAGGUGGGAACCGGCCGCUAGGCAGGCAAUAGAGUGUGGGGACGAGGGGUGUGCCGUACCCGUGUACGCCAUGACGCCCCCCCCGGUGGGGGGGUCGAAGGGGAUAGUGAGACCCAGCUUCAAGGAGGUUCGGGGGUCUAUUUGGAGAGCGCAGAACACGGCCAAGAGCUGGUUCAUAGCGAAGUCGGGAGAGGCCGUGCCGCCAAAGGUGAAACGAGGGGUGAUAUCGUGGGCGGCCAGCAUGGCCAUCAAUCCGGAGGACCAAGUCGAGGAGGGGGAAGAGGACAUCAACGACGGCGAUGCCGACGAAGGGAGUGCGCAUCACCACACCGAUACACCGUAG